AUGGAGCUCACUCUCUUUGCUUCGACCCCCCUGACUUGCCUGUUUGGACUGAAUGGAGCUGGACGGGAUUCCCGCUCUGCGACUGACACCGAGACGACCCGCCGGACCCGCAGCAGCACGCGUGCCAGUCACUCCGACUGCAUCAUCCGCAUCAUCCGAUGACUUUGCGUUUGCUGCGCCUGCCUCGCCGGCAUCCACCGCUCAAGGGCAGCGGCAGCAGCAGCAACAACAGCAGCAGCAGCAACGCUUGGACGCCGACAGGUUUAUUCCGCUUCGCGAUGGCGACUGGGACUUUGCUUUGACCGGGUCGUCGCCUGCUGAGCUCAAGCCGAAAAACACCCUGUCCCUUCUGUUGCAAACAGAACUGCUCGGAGGAAUCGUGUAUCCUCCGGAAAGCGGUGACGACUCAACCACUAUGCCUCCGAACAACAAGGCCGCCGUAGUCACUCCCGUAACGCUGCCAAUGACCCAAAUUAUGCCGCAAGUCCCGCCAACGCUGCUCAACUUUGGCAGCCCGUCGCGGAGUGACUCGUUUUCCUCCGCUGGUGGUUCAAACCAUGGAUCGCCAUCGUCGUCUUCAUCGUCGUCCGCUUCUUAUGGUCGCAACUCGGCUUCAUCGGCAGCGUUCGUGUCGCCAACCCGACGCUCCAUUUCCAUGGACGAGACAACCCGCCGCUUUGUGCGUCAACCGUCCAACCUCUCCAAUUCGUCUGGUGACGCUGCCUCCAGUCCCCUGGAGUCACCUUCGUUUCCGCGCAAACUUUCGUCGGACUAUUACUCGCCAACCGCGCCGGUGCCACUGGGCACCCGAAGCGACGAGAGUUUGCAAACCUCGCCAUUUUCGACAUCCGCCAUCUCUGCCCUCUCUGAGCGGAUACUAACCUCCCCGAAGCCCGUGCUGCGGAAAAUUUCGCGUCACGCGGCAAGAAUUCUCGACGCACCAGACCUCCAGGACGAUUUCUACUUGAACUUGCUUGACUGGUCGAGUUUGAACAUGGUGUCUGUUGCGCUUGGCAGCAGCGUCUUUCUCUGGGGCGCCAACACGGCCAAAGUCACCAAGCUUUGCGAUCUGAGUGAAGGGCUCGCCGUCACCUCCCUGUCCUUUGUGCAAAGAGGAACGCAUCUUGGUGUGGGGACAACCGCAGGCACAGUGCAGCUGUGGGAUGUGGAGAAGAACAAGAAAGUCCAAACAUUGAAUGGCCACACUGGUCGAGUUGGUGCUCUUGCAUGGAAUGGAUCGCUGGUGGCCUCGGGAAGUCGCGACAGGUCGAUCCACAUUUAUGACGUCCGAAUGCACCGUCCUUUGGUCAGAGAGUUGCAAGCACACAAGCAAGAAGUCUGCGGGCUCAAGUGGUCGCCUGACGGCACGAUGCUCGCAUCUGGAGGAAACGACAACAAGCUGCAUAUUUGGAAGCUUGAUCAGAUGCGAGAGCCCAUUCUACGGUUCUCUGAACAUGCUGCAGCAGUCAAGGCCAUUGCGUGGUCGCCGCACCAGCAUGGACUGUUGGCCUCUGGUGGCGGCACUGCCGACAAGACCAUUCGUUUCUGGAACACGACCCUGGGUGCCUGUCUCACCCACAUUGAGACAGGGUCUCAAGUGUGCAAUCUUGCGUGGUCGAAAUCGUCGCCCGAGCUCGUCAGCACGCAUGGGUACUCCCAAAACCAGAUUGUGGUGUGGCGCUAUCCACAGCUCUCGCAGCUGGCUAUUCUUACCGGUCACACGAUGCGCGUGCUGUAUCUUGCGCUUUCUCCGGAUGGAGAGACGGUCGUUACCGGUGCUGGCGACGAGACGCUACGCUUCUGGCAUGUCUUCAGUCAACCCGGCAACAGCCGCCAGCAGACAAGUGCUCUGCAAUCUGUCGCGCGUAUUCGAUGAUGAAGCGAAGUCCAAGAGUCCAGAUGUAGAUUUGUUUGUUGCGUUGCCCACGUUAAACCAAAAAAAAAACCAUCGAAAAUGUGAAUUGAUAGUAUUAAC